AUGUCAAGUAACGAAGACGACCUCAAUCUUCUCCUUUCUCUUCAAGACAAAGUUCCCGAAACCCCUCCUGCUUCUCCUUCACCGCUUGAUUUUGAUGGCGAUGACGAUGUUGUACCGCGGAGGGAGAGACCUGAUAUGUCCGUUUUCAAAGAUGCAGUUCAGGAUUGUCUUCUCGACCAACCCCCUAACCCUAACCCUAACCCUAACCCUAAACCUAAACCAUACAACAAAUCACUCGGCGACGAUCCCCAACUUGACAAGUUCUCGGGUCUUCGCAUAAGGGAUCAAUGUUUAACACCAGCUGAGCUCAGGGAAUCUGUUCAAGACAUUCGCUUUGUUCGCCUACCGGUCAUCAAGAAUUUGGUGAAUGGGGAUAAUUUCUCUGGAAAUUGGGUAACUGUUGGAGUGCUAACUGGGAAGGGGAUUCAGAAAACAAGUUCAAAUGGGAAGAGCUUUUGUAUAUGGAAAAUUGGUUGUUUGGAUGAAAACACUGUUCCUAUUUUCUUGUUUGGAAAUGCUUAUCAGAGGAAUUCCCAAGAGCAGGCAGGAACGGUCUUUGCAUUCUUCAAUUGUGGUGUUCGCAAGGAUGCCAAGGGUAAUGGCUUUUCUUUGAGUAUAUACUCCCCUAACCAAAUUGUGAAGAUGGGCACCUCUGUAGAUUACGGAGUUUGCAAAGCGAAAAGAGCGGAUGGGAUGGCAUGUACAAUGGCCAUAAAUAAGUAUGCAAAUAAAUUAUGUAUCUACUAUCUUGUUAUUUAUUUUGAUAUGUUAAAUGUGGAAUUGCCACAGGGUUCUUUGUAACUGUGUCUCUGAACCUAAUCAUCAUAUAUGCAAUUUAGAAAAGGAGUAAGGAAC